AUGGCUACCCAUAGCUGGCAGCACCGCGCUGCCGAGAUAGAGCCCACGCUGCGGAUUGCCUGCAUCGACAGCCCACCCGCCGCUGCAGAUACAGUACGCGGCGUCAUUUUCCUCAUCCACGGCUUCCCUCAGACCUCGUAUCAAUUCCGCCACGUCAUCGAACCGCUGUCACCGGCUGGCUAUCGCGUGAUAGCGCCCGAUUGCCGUGGUGCGGGAGCUUCGUCGAAGCCCCCUGACGGCUUUACGAAGACCACCAUGACACAAGAUCUCGUCCGGUUGCUCGACGUCCUUGGCGUCACGGAGCCCGUCCACGUCGUUGGCCAUGAUAUCGGAGGCAUGAUAGCAUACGACAUGGCAGCGAGAUACUCGUCGCGGGUUGCGAGCGUCAAUUGGGGCGAAUGCCCGCUGCGUGAGACUCCAAACGUCCUACCAACUUCGAAGUCUGACCUUGUUGCAGUCGAACAACGCACGCCGUACAUCAGUUCCACUUCAUCUUCCACUGCGUACCGGACCUGGCUCUCGCUCUAG